AUGACUUCCCCUACCACGACCAUCACGCAAAAGUUCCUCUCCCGGCCUGCCGAGCUGGGCGUCGUUGCCGUCGGCUUCUCUGACGGACAGCCCAAAGCCGGUGUCGACGCUGGCCCGACGGCGCUGCUGGAGGCCGGCCUGCUCGACCAGGUGCGCGACGAGCUCGGCUACAAGGUCGACUUCGACAGUAAAGUGCACGACUACGCCGACCUCAAGCCCGCCGAGAGCGAGGACCCGCGCUACCGCAACAUGAUCAAGCCCCGGACGGUCUCUGCAGUGACCCGGCGGCUGAGCGAGCAGGUCUACGAGCACGCCCGCGAAGGCAAGAUGGUGCUGACCCUCGGCGGCGACCACUCGAUCGCCAUCGGCACCGUCUCCGGCACGGCAAGAGCCAUCCGCGAGCGACUCGGCCGCGAGAUGGCCGUCAUCUGGGUCGACGCCCACGCUGACCUGAACCGCCCCGAGGAGAGCGAGAGCGGCAACGUCCACGGCAUGCCGGUGUCCUUCCUGACGGGGCUGGCCAAGGAGGAGCGCGAGGACGUCUUCGGCUGGCUGAAGGAGGACCACUUGAUCAGCACCAGCAAGCUCGUCUACAUCGCCCUGAGGGACGUUGACCGCGCCGAGAAGAAGACCCUGCGCGAGCACGGCAUCAAGGCCUUUUCCAUGCACGACGUCGACCGAUACGGCAUCGGCCGCGUCGUCGAGAUGGCGCUCGCUCACAUCGGCAACGACACGCCCAUCCACCUGUCCUUCGACGUCGACGCCCUCGACCCCCAGUGGGCACCCAGCACCGGCACGCCCGUCCGCGGCGGCCUCACCCUGCGCGAGGGCGACUUCAUCGCCGAGUGCAUCCACGCCACCGGCAACCUCAUCGCCAUGGACCUCGUCGAGGUCAACCCCAGCCUGGCCUCCAUGGGCGCCAGCGAGACCGUCCGCGCCGGCUGCUCGCUCGUCCGCUGCGCCCUCGGCGACACCCUGCUCUAG